UAGAGAAUUGGAAAAGAAGAAGGGUGAAGAAAAAAAUAAGGAUAAUUCCAUGAAGCGGGAAGAGUUUAACAAAGAUGGUUCUCAUGUUAUUGGAGAGAAAGUUAACAAGGAAUCUGAUAAAAAAAUGGAAGAAGUCAAAAUGAGUGAAAGUAAAAAAAGCAUACGCGGAUCAAAACUCGCGGCUAUGAAAAAUCCAAAGAGCAGCGAGAGUCAUGAACAUCAUGAGCCUCAUCCUGAAGAACGCCCAUGUUCUGACAAGCCUUCUGUUCCUUCGAAAGAGAAGCCUAUUCCAGAACAACCAAGACGUCGUACUUUGACCCCAGAGCUUCCUUUAGAUGGGCCAAGUGGAGAAAAGCCGCUUCCAAAACGACCAGAGUUUCCAUCAGAUGCCCCAUCGUCCCAGAAGCCUCAUCUUCCUCAUCCUGUUAAUCAUAAAGAUCCAAGACAUCGUACUUUGACGCCAGAGCUUCCUUUAGAUGGGCCAAUUGAAGAAAAGCUGCUUCCAAAACGACCAGAGUUUCCAUCAGAUGCCCCAUCAUCUCAGAAGCCUCCUCUUCCAGCUCCAGUUGAUAACAAAUACCCAAAUGUACCUGAUGAGAUUGAUGAAGAAGACAGUACAUCUCAAAAGCCUCUUCCACCUCCAAUUGAUAAUAAAUACUCAACCGGACAUGAAGAUAUAGAGGAUGCUCCAUCGUCCAAAAAGCCUCUCCCAGCUCCAAUUAAUAAUAAAUACCCAGCAGGCCCUAAAGAAGUUGAAGAUGCUCCGUCGUCCAAAAAGCCUCUUCCAGCUCCAAUUGAUAACAAAUAUCCAUCUGGACCAAAGAUAGAAGAAGCUUCAAGUGUGCCUCCACCACCUGCCAAGGGAAAGAAAUGCAACUUAUGGCAGAAGAUUAAGAAGUUGGCUGGAAGAAAAGUUAACUGUUACUAAAUCCAAAGGAAGUAAUGAAAGAAUGAACUAAAAAUAAAGAAAUUUCAUAAAUAAUGGGAAAGAUAAAUGUAUUUAAAUUGAUAUUAAUUUUAAACUUA